CUGGGUCUCGGCGAGUGCUUGUGGAUGUCUCACUUCUUCCCCGACGAAGAAUGGGCCAAGACCUUGCGCCAAAGGAGCGAGACGACCUUGAACUCCAUGUGGGUGGAGAAGAGCGGCCUGUUUGCCAAGGACAAGGGUUACUUCUGCCGUGAACCCGGGCACCGAGGGGUCAAGUUUGCCUUCACCAACUUCGGCGUGUCUCUCGGACUCCAAGCUGCGGGAAUCUGGCCGGAGAGGGUGGAGAAGCUUCACGGGUUCUUCGAGAGUUACAAGUCGAACGAUGAGUAUGAUACGGACGCAAUCACCCACGUUAUGCACUGCAACAGCCUGUUUCCUGGGGUUCUGGGGAAGGAGUGAUCAAGGAGUGUGCCGACAUUCUUCAAACUUAAGACUGUUGAUCUUCCCUUUUGGAAUCUGAGUCAAAAUACAGACACAGUGAUGAACUUAGUCUAGUACUGUAACAACCUCCUCCCAGGGGUUCUAGGAAAGGAAUGAACAUUAUGGCGUGAUCAAGGAGAGUUCAUCAGAUAUUGGCCAUUCUUGAAACCAAGAACACUUGCUGUUUCCUUUUGGAACCUAAGUCAAAGUACAGACACAGGGAUGAACUGCAACACCCUGAUUCCUUAGGGGGUUUGGGGGGAAGUAAUUAUGAAGGAGCUCUAAAGAGUGUUGUAAACAAUUUGCAUGAUUGUAUAACUAACUACAAAUAGCUGACUAGAGUGGGACUCUGCAUGGGAAAAGUUGUACAA